GGCUUUGUUCCUGGGUCUGUCCAAUAACCCUCAUAUCACUGAUUUACACCUGGACAUCAGCAGCUGUGAGUUGAGGUCAGCAGGUGCCGGCGUGAUUCAGGAGCUGUUUCCUCGAGUUUCGUGCGUGGGGUCUUUAGACAUCUCUGAUAAUGGUUUGGAUGCUGAUUUGCUGGCUGUCAUCCCAGCGUUCUCCCGACACCCCUCCCUCAAACACCUGAUGCUGGGGAAGAACUUCAACAUCAAGGGCAGGGUGCUCGAUGAUAUUCUGCAGAAACUGGUUCAUUUGGUGCAAGAGGAAGAGUGUGCCCUUCAGUCCCUCUCCCUGGCUGACUCAAGGCUCCGUCAGCGGGGCACGGUGCUGGUCAACGCUUUGGGCUCCAACACCUGCCUACGAAAGGUGGACCUGAGCGGAAACCUCCUGGAGGACUCUGGCGCAAAGAUGCUCAGCAAAGCCUUGCAGAUCAACACAACACUCAGGAGUGUGACGUGGGAUCGCAACAACACCACAGCGACAGGCUUCCAAGAUGUGGCUAGAGCGCUGGAGCACAACUUCACCCUUCAGUUCAUGCCCAUCCCCCUCAGUGAUGUCACACAGGCGUACCGCAGCGCCCCGGAGAAGACGGACCUGGCCCUGACCAAGAUCCAACGUGCCCUGCUUAGGAACAACCAGACUCAGCGUUUCUCACAGAAGCAGGCGCUCAGGCUGCACCAGGGCCUCGUCACCAGCACUGCAGAACAGGUUAUGGAGCGUCUGUGUGUGCGCGUGCAGCAGCAGGUGUGUGUCCUUAAAGGCUGUGAGGAAGGAGAGGAGGUUCAGACUGCCAGACAAAUCCUGAAAGAAGCCAGAGACUCCCGAGCUCUGUAUCCGUCUCUCUGCGAGUUGGCCCAUGUGCUGUCGGUGGACGGCCCCGUCAAACAGCGACUCGACACUUUGGCGGGAGAACUUGCCAAGGCGGCUGACAAAGAGCUGCAGGUGGUGGUGGACUCCAUGGUGUCUCUGUGUCGAGAAUUGUGUCCCAUGUCCUGCUCGGCUGCGGAGAGACUCAGCCCGCCUCUCUCCUCCAUCUCUGAACAAGUCUCUAUCCCUCGCUCCGCCAUCCGCAACGCCCUGAUGGAGAGAGCAGCUGAGGAUAUCAACCGAGCCCUGGAGGAGGUGAAGCUGUCUGUGGUCUCAUAUCUAACCAACUCCAUCGUGGAUCAGAUUCUGCAAGAGCUCUACACCACUCAUAAAACCCUGCUGCGGCAGGUGUCUCAGGUGAAGCGUUGGGAUGACGUCGGGACAGGCAGACGCACGGUCAGACAGUCCAGGAUCCUCCAGGAGUCUCUGGAGUUUACUGACGAGGAGUUCGGGGUCAACCUGGGAAUCGACACGAUGGCUAUUAAGAAGAGGAGCUCCAGGACCAGAAGAAUCCGACCCGUCUCCACCAGACUGAGUCUUGGUGAUGAACCCAGCUCGUCUCCGACCCCCUCUGCUCCUCCGCACUCUGCCUCUCUCACCCACUCGGCAUCAUGGGAGUGUCUGUCCACCCUCCCCACCAAUGGCUCCCCCCUGCGUCACGUGACCCAUGUCAGGCCCCGCCCACCACGCAGACACAGACCAGGUCACCUUCCCCCAGAGUCUCACUGCUCAGAGAAUGGAGGAGUCAGUAUGCUGGAGGAUGGACUGCCUGACUUCUACAGCAAGAGAGUUCUACCUGACAGUCAGUUGUCCUCCCUCCACCAGGCCCAGUCACUGAGGAGGAAGAAGAGACGCAGCGUGUUGUCCCUUUUCUCCGGCUUCCGUAAGAACCGCAACUCCACCAUCUCUAAUCAGGACUGCGACAGCGCCUUAGAGAACGUCUACUCGAUGAUUCAGCACCCGAAGGAUGCUGGGAGGCCAGAGAGUGCAGUUCCCGGAGCCAACGGGGCCAUGCCUUCACCUCGGCCCAUGCAGGGUGUGCCUGGGAUGAGGGGUCCCAGCCCCCCCUGCCUCAUCCAAAGACAGUCCACAGACCUGGUCAGCAUGGUCUACAGCUGCAUCGCAGAAAUCGAGGACUCCGAUGGGAGCAGCACCUGCGACAUCAAAGAUGCAGACGACGCUGACAGAUCAUCCACCGUCUCAGAUGCGCCCGCAGAAACCCGGACCAACGGCCACGUGGCGUCCUCCAAACAGCAGACGGACAGACAGAUGGAGGCAGGCAGGCAGGAGAGGAUCGCCCCCCUGACGGAGGCGAGGACUGAGAUGGACGAGGACAGACAGAGCGGUGGAGGAAACGUGGCCCCCUGUGGGACGAGGCCAGAGCCCCCUCCACAGGGCUGCAAGCCCAGUCUGGUUGCUAUGAGGCAGAGACACCUGCAGGAGAGUUUAGAGGAGGCAGGAAGGCUGGAAGCAGACGAAGAGCAGAGUGAAAGGAAGCGUGAAGAGAAGCAGAGAGCGAGAGGACCAGAGGGGCAGCGUCCCCUUAUACCCAAUAAACCAAGCCUCGACGUCCUGAGAGACAGGACCUCUCCAGAAAAAUCAGUGACCCCUCCCAAAACCUCACCUGUCAGUCCGGGUGAGAGAACAACCAAUGAGCAGAGGGGUUUGCUUCCUGUUCCACCAAUCAUUGAGGAGGAGAUCACCACCGAGAGGGAGAGCCCCCCUGCUUCUGCCAAGCACGGGAUGGAGGCUGCAGAAGAUGUCAGCCCAGUUGAUGGAGAAGGCCGAAAUGGAUUUCCAGCUACAUCACGUCACCCCAGGAAGUCCAACUCAUUUGACAUAGGCAUGGAGCGGGACAGCCCCUACGAUCUGGAGAGGUCUUCAGAUCGCAGAUUCCCUGUGAAAAAACCCUAUUUGCCCCAGUACAAAAACAGAUCUCUGGACUACCCUGCUGGGACCAGGUGUUAUGAAAGUCCCCAGCUUGGAAACAGAGAUCCUUUAUGACGUUAUGAGAGCGCCGCAGGAAGGACAGACUUAAACUUGGAGGACUGGCGAGAGACAAGCUUUUAAAACUGUGUGCACUGAACUAACAAAGACCCAACAGCAGAUUUAUUUAGUUUUUAAUCCAUUUGUUGCUGAAGAUGCAUGUACUGUAUGCUUUCUGUUUUUUAACCGGUUGACAGGAACUUGUCACACACAGUCGUUCUACUGUAUGUCUCUCCUGUACCAUGAACUCAUGUUUUAAGCAUUUGUGCAAAAUUGAAUAUUGAUAAAGUGUCUCCUCACCCCAUCCCUGUCUUUUACUGACAAUCUGUGACGACUAAAGUGACUUUGUACUGUAUUUAUUCACAUGGAUGUGUAUAUACUGAUUAUACAACUGCACUAACCAUUGUGGUACUCUACCAGUUAACAAUCAUGUUUUUAUUUGUGAUACUCAAUCAUUUGAUAACUGUGUUUGUAAGUAUGCUUUUGGUGUAUGCUGAUGAUUGAGAAUUGUGUUUUCAUGCACUUAGCUCUCCCAUCUCUUCAAGAGUAUAUAGAUCAGUCAGUGGGUCCUGUUUGAAUCUGAUUUUGCAGCCUGGACAUGAGUAUAUUUUCUAAAAAUGCUUCUAUGAAUCAGAAUAAAUAAAAGUGACUUUACACAAGUA